AUGCGGCUGGAGGCCGCCAUCUCCCCGGCACAUCAAAAAGUCUUCGACGUUCUGCUCAGCGUGGCUGCGGAAAGCAAGCUCGAGGCUACGCUGCGGGUAGCGGGAGGGUGGGUGCGGGACAUGUUGCUCGGGUUGCACUCAAACGACAUUGACAUUGCCAUUGAAACCCACCCAAACGCGGAGCCUGUCACAGGUGAGGCCUUCGCUCACCACGUAUCCAAGUACCAGCUGUUUCACGGCGACCGCAGCCACAAAGUGAGCGUCAUUCGUUCCAACCCGGCUCUCUCCAAGCACAUCGAAACUGCCACGCUGCGCGUCAACGAAAUACCGGUGGAGUUCUGCGCCCUCCGCAGCGACGUGUACACGGAUGAGUCGCGCAUACCCCAAGUACACCCGGCGGCUCCCUUGGAGGAUGCGCAGCGCCGUGACUUCACCAUCAACGCUCUCUUCUACAAUUUGCACACCGGCAUGGUGGAAGACUACACCACCGGCUUGGAGGAUCUGCGUCUGCGCAUCAUCCGGUGCCCACUGGAACCUCGAACGACCUUUACAGAUGACCCGCUUCGCCUACUGCGCGGCGUGCGUUUUGUUGGUCAGCUAGGUGCGCUCAACUUUUCGCUGGAUGAGUUGAUCACCAACUGUGUAGAUGACUCGCUUCUUGAUGUACUUCAACUGAAGGUGUCUCGCGAGCGUAUUGGGAAGGAGUUUGUGAAGAUGAUGACGGCCGCCCACCCGGAGCGGUGCAUCGCAUUACUGCAUGACAUGCACAUAUUGCAGCAUAUCCUGCUAGCCAGCGUGGUCAUGCGGCAGGCGCCCGGCAAGAAGCAGCUGUCGAGCGAGGUUGACCGAGUAGACAAGCUGAUAGAUCUUUAUCCGGAUGGAUCGAAAAGAAUGGAGACAGUGAUGCGACUGAGCUCUGUUGGCUUGCCGUGCCUCGUCAACAUUGGCGCGGCGGCUGAGUUGACCGAGGAGCAGCGCGUGGAAGUGGCGCUUUUCUUUCUACUUAUUCCUUUCUUUCGUGGCGCUACGGAGAGUAUUGAUGAGACGGUGCGCAAUGUUUGCGUUAAUGGGCUGAAGCUUCCGGUGGCGAGCUACGACUGUGUGCGACGCUUGAUCGACGCUUACAAUCAGCUUUAUGAGCAGUCCGUGACGAUGGAUGAGCUCGCCGUCGGGACACUUCACCCCGAAACAGUGAGGAAGGUAUUUGAUGCCUUGAGCACCCUCAACGACACGCGCGUCUUUUCUCAUGCCCUCCGAGUCGUUCUGCUAGCUUACAUGCUAAUCGAGGAAUCAGCUCACCAACUGUCAGGCGGUACACCGCAGCAGGUCACGAAAAACUUCUCCGCUGUGUGGGCACGUCUUGUCCAGCACCCUGUGCUACUUGGUGUCUUCCAGCUGAGCCUGCCCGUCAAUGGAAAGAGCCUGCAGGAGGUGUACGGCAUUCCACCCAAGAACGUUGGGGCAACUCUGCUGAAGAUGCGACUGAAGCUCGUGCUUUGCCCCCAAAUGACACCUGACGACGUUGCGCAGUGGCUGAGGGAAGGCGCGAAGAUAUGA